AUGCCACCGAAGCGAAAAAGAGCUAAUAGUAUCCAAGACAUGGGUGUAAAGAACUCAACUACUGCUGGAACUAACCCCCCUGCGCGUCGAACAAAGGGUCGAGGUCAAGACGUGGAUGGCACUAUGAACGGGCGGAGUAGUGCUGAGACUGUUAUUAAUAAUAUGAAACGAGUGCGUAAACCGAAGAUGGAAGAAUCGUCUGGAUUCUCUUUAGAACGAUGUAUUCAGUGGUUUGAAGUUUAUAGAGAUUCCGAAGACACAGAGGACAGAAUUGGUCCCAGUGGUGUGGAAAAAUGGCUCACGGAUCUUGGAACUAGUACCGAUAGUGUACAUCUUAUACUGAUCUCAUGGAAAUUGAAUGUAUCUAAAUUCGGAUAUAUAACACGAGGGGAGUGGACGUCGGCAUUCGGGGUUUGGGGUAUUGAUUCCAAUGACAAGCUAAUAUCAAAAUUUCCUGAACUCGAAGCGGCAUUGAGGAAUCCGGAUCAAUUGAAGGACAUUUACAGAAACACAUUCAACUACUCAAAAGAAGACAAUCAAAGAAGUGUUAGUGUGGAGGGGAAGAAACCAGUAAAAGUAAUCACUAAAGACCAAUGGAUUAGUCUAUGGGCAUUUGUGAACAAUAUCUACGAAGAUUGCAGUAAUUACGAUCCAACUUCUGCUUGGCCAGUUUUAUUCGAUGAAUACGUGGAAUGGCGAAAUGAACAAUCAGGAUCAAACGGAUAA